AAUUUGCUGCACAUAAUAUUCCUACAUUCAAAAUGACUUUAUUUUUUAAAACGAUUUCCCGGAAAUCAUUGUUUUCUGUGGGGUCACAAUCUGCUAAUUUCACAUGGAAAAUGCCAUCCCCGGUCAAGUUUUCGACAAGUGUAGUGGCGUCGUCGGGUAGUGGUACCAAGCCAAUUUUCAGCCCUCAUGACGCCCUUCAAACGGAUUCUCUGUUGACGGAGGAGGAGGUCACGAUCCGGGACGUGGCACGCGACUACGCCAGGAACGAGCUGAUGCCAAGAAUUUUGAUGGCCAAUAGGAACGAAGUUUUCGAUCGUGAAAUUUUCAGAGAAAUGGGGAAGCUAGGCUUUUUGGGGUGUACCGUGGGGUAUAAUGUCGAACCAACAUCCAGUGUCACGUAUGGACUUUUGGCACGUGAAAUUGAAUAUGUAGAUUCUGCUUAUCGAUCUGCGUUUUCAGUUCAGUCCAGCCUUGUCAUGUAUCCCAUUAAUGAAUUUGGAUCUGAUGAAAUAAAGAAGAAAUAUUUGGAUAAAUUGAGGUCCGGAGAGUUAGUGGGUUGUUUUGGAUUAACAGAACCAAACCAUGGCUCGGACCCUGGUGGAAUGGAGUCAAGAGCACUAUUGGAUGGAGAUUCUUAUAUUUUGAAUGGUACCAAGACUUGGAUUACGAACAGUCCAAUUGCCGAUGUCAUUAUUGUGUGGGCUAAAGACGUAUCGGGGGGAGAUAUCAAGGGCUUUGUAAUGGAAAAGGGUUUCAAAGGACUAAGUUGCCCUAAAAUUCAAGGGAAAUUUAGUUUAAGAGCAUCGGAUACUGGAAUGAUUGUUAUGGAGGACGUUCGAGUACCGAAAUCUCAUGUUUUAAAUGUGAAAGGUCUCAAAGGUCCAUUUUCCUGUUUGACUCAAGCAAGGUUUGGAAUUUCAUGGGGCGUGCUUGGUGCAGCAGAAUUUUGUUUCUCACAAGCACUCGAAUAUACACAAAAUCGAAAGCAAUUCGGGAGACCAUUAGCACAGACUCAAAUAAUUCAGAAAAAAUUAGCAGAUAUGGUGACUGAAAUUAAUCUGGGGUUGAUCGCUUGCAAUCAUGUUGGCCGCCUGAAAGACCAAGGGAAACUGACGCCGGAAAUGAUUAGCAUUUUAAAAAGAAAUUCGUGUACGAAAGCCUUGGAUGUGGCGAGAAAUGCGAGGGACAUGUUGGGAGCUAACGGCGUGAGUGACGAAUAUCACAUUAUACGGCAUUCUUGCAAUAUAGAAGCCGUCAACACUUAUGAAGGGACCAGCGACAUUCAUGCACUAAUCAUUGGCCGAGCUGUCACCGGGUUAGCAGCAUUUUAGUGACAAAUCAGACUGGUAUUAGAGACUGUGGAUACAAGUAUGUAAUUAUAGUCAUAUUAUUAUUGUCAAACUCACGAGAAUCUAUUUUUUGGAACUACGAUAAUGACUUUCUGUAAACAAUUAAAAUAUUCAGUACUUUACAAAUUGG